AUGGGCGUCUAUGGUGCUUCACGAAGAUGUGACGGUUCGGCUGAAGAAAUCGGACGGACUGAUUUGAACAGGAUUGGAGUUGUCCAAUGUCAGUCGGCAUUGGUCAAUGCUCUGGUCGAGAGAUGGCGCCCUGAGACGCACACGUUCCACUUUUCGGUUGGUGAGUGUGCCGUGACACUGGAGGAUGUGGCGUUAAUUCUUGGUCUUCCAACGAAUGGUUUGCCAGUUACGGGACCGACACUGAGCAGUUAUGAGGCUUUAGAGGCUGAAUGCUUGGAUCAGUUUGGUGUUGCACCUAUGAAGGCAGAUUGCAGGAGAAGUUUCAUUAAGUUGGUUUGGUUUCGAGCAUUGAAAAAUCGAUUAGUGUUGGUUGAUGAGGUCCAGCUUCAGAGGUACGUGAAGUGCCAUAUAAUAUUAUUGUUUGGGACCGUUAUGUUUGGAGAUAAGUCUGCAACAGGGGUGCAUUGGAAGUUUCUGCCGUUACUCCGUAACUUUGGCGGGAUCAUACAGUUCAGUUGGGGACCGACCUGCCUGGCACACCUGUAUAGAUCGUUGUGUAGAGUAACUCGUGUCGACUGUAAGGAGAUUGAUGGUCCGCUGACACUGUUGCUUGCCUGGGCAUGGAUCCGUCUACCAUUCAUUGCGCCGAUUCCAAGCAAUCUUCAAAUCUUUCCGAUUGCAAAUAGGUGGCAUAACUGGGAACGUGAGAAUCGGCCUUACAGAUAUCGUACCCUUGAUCACUAUAGGAGAGAUCUGGAUGUUCUGCAAGAAGGACAUGUUUGUUGUAAUAAAUAA